AUGGCCUCGGCAACCACCCUCUACGACUUUCAGCCUCCUGACAAAAAGGGAAACCCCUACCCCCUCUCCUCGCUUCGCGGCAAAGUUGUCCUCGUCGUCAACACUGCUUCCAAGUGCGGCUUCACCCCUCAAUUCGCCGGUCUCGAGAAGCUCUACAAUUCAGUGGAAUCCAAACAACCUGGCGCCUUCACUAUCCUUGGCUUCCCGUGCAACCAGUUCGGAAACCAAGACCCCGGAAGCAAUGAUGAAAUCCAGAGCUUUUGCCAAGUCAACUACGGCGUGACCUUCCCAAUGCUCGGCAAGAUUGACGUCAACGGCAGCAAUGCAGAGCCCUUGUUUGAGUGGAUCAAGGGUGAGAAGCCGGGGUUGUUUGGCGUGAAGAGAGUGCUAUGGAACUUCGAGAAGGCGUUGAUCAACAGCAAGGGAGAAGUUGUAGGCCGAUGGAGGAGUAUCACCAAGCCCGAGAGUCUCGAGGAGACGAUCAUCCAAGAGAUCGAGAAGGCCAAGAAGGACGGCAGUGCCGGUGCCGCUUCUGGAGAAACAACCACCAAGGCUGAACCCGCUCCGACUGCUACAGAAACCGCCGCGCCUGCUCAGCCAGAGGGUGGGCCAAAGCUGGCUUAA